AUGGACCCACUAAAGUAUAUCUUUGAAAAGCCAUACAUGUCGAGUAGAAUAGCCAGAUGGCAAGUACUGUUGGCUGAGUAUGACAUCAUCUACAUGACAAGAAAAUCAGUAAAAGGAAGCAAAAUUGCUGAUCAUUUAGCUAAUAAUGCUAUUGAGGAUUAUGAGCCAUUGAACUUUGACUUUCUUGAUGAAGAUGUGCUAGUAAUGGAAAAGGAAGAGAAGAGUGGUUGGUGGGCCAUGUAUUUUGACAGCGCAGUAAAUGUAUCGGGCAACGGGGCAGGUGCUGUGAUAAUUUCCCCAGAAGGAAAGCAAUAUCCUAUCUCAGUAAAGCUGCACUUUAGUUGUACAAACAACACAGCUGAGUAUGAAGCUUGCAUCCAUGGAUUGGAAGCUGCAUCAAAGAUGAAGGUAGGGAAAUUAGAAGUAUAUGGAGACUCAAUGCUAACAAUCUGUCAGGUAAAAGGUGAAUGGCAGACAAGGGAUGAAAAGUUGAGACCAUACCAGGAAUACCUCUCCAAAUUGGCUGAAAGCUUUGAUGAAAUAGAAUUUGCUCAUUUAGGAAGAGAUAAAAAUCAGUUUGCCAAUGCGUUAGCUACCUUAGCUUCUAUGGCUAUAAUUGAUUGUGGUGCCAAAAUUCAACCUGUAAGCAUCAAGAUCAGAAAUUCUCCCUCUCAUUGUUGUUUAAUAGAAGAAGAAACGGACAACGACCCAUGGUACACGGAUAUAAAAAGAUUCAUCCAGCAUCAAGAGUACCCGUCGGGAGCCUCGAAGAUAGAUAAAAGGACCUUUAGAAGAAUGGCUAUGAAAUACUACAUAGAUGGGGAGAUUUUGUAUAAAAGGUCAUUUGAUGGGACUUUGUUGAGAUGUCUAGGUGAUCUGGAAGCCAACAAGGCCCUACAAGAAGUGCAUGGUGGAAUUUGUGCUACCCACGCAAACAGACACAUGAUGGCUAGGCAAUUGCAAAGAGCAGAUGUGAUUGGGCCUAUUAAUCCAAAAGCCAGUAACGGACAUCGUUUUAUCCUUGUAGCGAUUGAUUACUUUACCAAAUGGGUAGAGGCCUGCUCAUAUGCCCAUUUGACUCAGAAAGUGGUCAAACGACCUAAGAUGAACGGCGCCGUAGAAGCUGCUAAUAAAAAUAUAAAGAAGAUUGUUCAGAAAAUGGUGAUUACUUACAAAGAUUGGCAUGACUGGCUUUCUUAUGCUCUCCAUGCGUAUCGAAUAGCAGUGAGGACAUCAACCGGGGCUACACCAUACUCUUUAGUAUAUGGAAUGGAGGCAGUGGUACCAUUGGAAGUAGAAAUUCCCUCUUUAAGGGUCCUCAUGGAAUCUGGACUCGAGGAGACUGAGUGGGUCAAGAUACGAUACGAGCAGCUAAAUAUGAUCAGCGAGAGAAGGUUAGCAGCAAUUUGUCACCACCAGUUGUAUCAAAGAAGGGUGGCCAAGGCAUAUGAAUGA